CUGUUCUGCUGCCAGAGACGUGACCCUAACCGGGAAGAAGCCUGGAGCAUGACAUCUCCCUGCGAGCUCUUCGCGCAGGUUUUAGAGGCGUGGCCCUGUCAGUCCUCAGAUGCGCGGUCUCUCCUUACCUCUGCGUUUUGCGGUUAGAGGCUGCACUGAGAUGGGACUCGCCAUUGGUUACUGUACUUACAAAUAGCGGAGUACUUUCACGGUGCAAGGGAUCACACUUUCCAACUUUUUGCGCCAUUUAAUUACAGUUGGCCAGUCAGUGAAUUUCACUUGGACUACUGGCUAGAAGACGAUGGACACAUGACACAUGAGAAUUGAUUUGGAUUUUGCGAUUUUUAUGAAUUUCCAAAUAUUGGAAUAACUGCUGCUUUAUUUUAAAGUUAAUGCUGUUGGACUGAUUUCGGUCAACAAAAUGAUCUUAUUUAUAGUGUUUAUUUUUCCAAGUUUAGAACUGUGUCAGUCUUUGCCCCCGAGGAAUGUUUACACAAAUCACUGGGCUGUGCGUAUUGAAGGGGGACACGAGGAGGCAGACAAACUUGCUGCUAAAUAUGGAUAUAAUAAUUUGGGCCAGAUAGGAAGCCUGGAGGACCACUAUCAUUUCCACCACAGCCACGUAGUGCGCAGAGCUGCCUUCUCCUCCAGGGGCACACACAGCUUCAUCCACAUGGACCCCAAGGUAUCCUGGUCAGAGCAGCAGCUAGUCAAGCCUCGGGUGAAGAGAUACACCAGGAAUGACCCCAACUUCAUCCACUUCAAUGACCCUAAAUGGUCAAACAUGUGGUAUAUACACUGCACUGAUAAAAACAACCGCUGCCGCUCAGAGAUGAACAUCCUGGCAGCCUGGCAGAGGGGUUACACUGGCAGGAAUGUGGUGGUCACCAUCCUGGACGACGGCAUCGAGAGGAACCAUCCAGACCUUGCGCAGAACUAUGACCAACUGGCGAGUUAUGAUGUCAAUGGAAACGACCCUGACCCAACCCCGCGCUACGACUCCAGCAAUGAAAACAAACACGGGACCCGAUGUGCUGGCGAAGUUGCAGCUGUGGCCAAUAACUCCCAUUGCAUUGUGGGAAUUGCCUACAAUGCACGCAUUGGAGGUAUUCGGAUGCUGGAUGGAGAUGUGACAGACGUGGUGGAGGCCAAGUCUCUGGGCAUCAGGCCUGACUACAUUGACAUCUACAGUGCCAGCUGGGGGCCAGAUGAUGAUGGGAAGACUGUGGAUGGACCAGGGCCCCUGGUCAAGCAGGCGUUCGAGAUGGGCAUCAAAAAGGGUCGGAAAGGCCUUGGCUCCAUCUUUGUGUGGGCGUCGGGUAACGGCGGUCGUCAGGGAGACCACUGCUCCUGCGAUGGCUACACCAACAGCAUUUACACCAUCUCCAUCUCCAGCACCACGGAGAACGGCAACAAGCCCUGGUACCUGGAGGUGUGCAGCUCCACCCUGGCCACCACCUACAGCAGCGGAGAGUUCUACGACAGGAAGAUAGUCACCACAGACCUGCGUCAGCGCUGCACUGAUGGCCACACUGGAACCUCCGUCUCAGCUCCCAUGGUGGCCGGGGUCAUCGCUCUCGCACUGGAGGCCAAUCCCCUGAUCACCUGGAGGGACGUUCAGCACCUGCUCGUCAGGACCUCCAGACCUGUCCACCUGAAAGCCAACGACUGGAAGAACAACGCAGGCGGACACAGAGUUAGUCAUCUGUAUGGCUUUGGGCUGGUGGAUGCUGAGGCGAUGGUGGUGGAGGCCAAGAAGUGGAGGAAGGUCCCUCCACAGCACACCUGCACCAAGGCGUCGGACAGACGCACCAGGUAUAUCCGCGCUGACCAGACUCUGAACAGCACCAUCAGCACCUCGGGGUGUUCCGAGCAGGCUGAGCAGCACGUCAGCUAUCUGGAGCAUGUGGUGGUGCGAGUUCUGAUCGCCCACCAGCGCAGGGGAGACCUGGAGAUCAACCUGGUCUCUCCCUUGGGGACGCGCUCACAGCUCCUGGCCAAGAGGUUGUUUGAUAACUCGUAUGAAGGCUUCAGAAACUGGGAGUUCAUGACAGUUCACUGCUGGGGAGAGAAGGCAGAAGGCCAGUGGACCCUGGAGAUCACUGACUCACCCUCACAGCUACGCAACCCGGAGGUGCUGGGCAAGCUGAAAGAGUGGACCUUGAUUCUUUAUGGCACCUCUGAGCACCCGUACCAGCCCCAUGGUGCCCAACACUCCCGCUCCAGGAUGCUGGAGAUCCCCAACCCCAGCCUGGAGCCCAAGGGCCUGGAACGGCCCACAGAGCACCACGAAGAGGAGGAGGAGGAGUACAGUGGGACGUGCCACAGUGAAUGUGGGGACCAGGGCUGUGACGGGCCUGACGCUGAUCACUGCCUCAACUGUAUCCACUACAGCCUGGGCAGCCUGAAGACCGGCAGGACAUGCGUGAGCCACUGUCCUCUGGGCUACCAUGAGGACUCUGGGGCUCGCCGCUGCAGGCGCUGCCACAAGGGCUGUGAGAGGUGUGUGGGACGCUCGUCCACCGAGUGCCACUCCUGCAGGCGAGGGCUCUACUUCAACCCUCUCAACUCCUCGUGCUCGGAGACGUGCCCCCUCGGUUACUUCGCAGACGAGAUUCAGAGACAGUGCCUGAAGUGUCAUGAGAACUGCGUCAAGUGUCUGCGAGAUUCAGACAGGUGUACUGCCUGCAAUGAGGACUUCAGCCUGGCAGGAAUGACCUGUGUUCCGAAAUGUUCCAACGGGACCUUCUUCCACCUGGAGGAGAUGAAGUGUAGCCCCUGUCACACCUCCUGUUCCACCUGCACAGGUCCAGGGAAGGAGGAGUGUAUUCAAUGUGCCAAGGACUUCCUGCAGCAGGAGUGGAGGUGUGUGCAAACCUGUGCCCCAGGGUACUUCUCAGGAGACCCAGCAGGGUACACACAGCACAUGUGUCGCAAGUGUGAGGAGAAUUGCCUGAGCUGUGAUGGGCCAGGAACAAGCUGUACCAAAUGCAAAGACGGAUACAAUCUGGUCAGCAGGACUUGCAUUGUCAAUGCUACCUGCAACAAUGCAGACGAGUUAUUCUGUGAGAUGGUGAAGUCUAACCGACUGUGUGAGAAGAAGCUGUUCCGUCAGUUCUGCUGUAGAACUUGUCUGAUGACUGGCUGAACUGGGUAGCGAAACCCUGGGGAACCCUGAAGAACCCUGAAGAACUCCUCCAUCUCACUCAGUAGAGCCCUCCACCCACAUCCCUCUACCCACCUACCUACAUCCAUCUACCCACCUCUCUACACCAUCCUCCACAGAGUUAGAGGUUAAACACUAAUCUGGGACUCUGACCCACUGUACAUUUCAGAACUAACUAAUAUCUGUGCUUGAUAUAUAUUUUUUGGAAGUUGUCUGUUUUAUAAACUACACACAGCAUGUAGAACAUGUACAAAUGGUUAAUUUUGUAUUCAAGACCACACCAUAAACCAGUAGGCUUCUUUUUACAGCAAAGUAUGGAAGUGUCUUAACUACUGUUUUCAUAAGAAUGGGUCAGUCUACUUUUAUUGGUUGAGUACAUUGCUGGCCUUGAACAAAAACACCUUAGCAGAAAAAUUGGAUCAGCAUUUUCACAAAACUAAACAUUCUUUGUUAUGUAAAAACUUUCUAUAGGGCUUUUAGUUUUGUAAAAUAAAAAAAUAUUUGUAAAACAUUAAAUAUGCUGUGUCAUUUAAAACGCUGUUGUACAUUUCAGAAUGUGUAUUGGAUGUUUAAUGUUUAUUUCAUCUAAAUUCAGGGGACUGAAAUAAAUAUGUACAUUGUGUAUGA